ACUUCGUUGAUUAGUUUGGUGACAAGAUCACCUGCAUGCAUGGCUGGACCCGUAGAUGCAUGACAUCCAUAGCAUGCUACUCCAGCUUUGGUGACAGUGGGUGAGUGCUGCGUGCUCACAGACGACAGCAGCUCUGCCUAACCACCGUGUCUCGCGAUCGCACUCACGCCGCGCGCGUAUGCAUAUAUAGAGGCCGAUCGCCACUCCAAAGGCAUUAGCGCGCGCACACCACAUCUACCCAGAGCCAUGGCCGCGCACCAGCACUGCAUCCGCACCUUGUCCCUCCUUUUCCUCCUCUGCGCAGACGUCGCCUUCGCCUUCGCCGCGCGCGACCUCGACGGCGCCAACCUUCUCCCGGGGCCGGCGCCCGGAAAGCCAGCGCCUUACGGUGGUUACGGUUUCAUCCCGGGCAUCCCGCCCGGCGGCUUGUACGGCGGCGGGUGGGGGGCGGGGUACGGCGGCCCGGCCGGCGGGUACGCGCACGGCGGCGUGGAGGUGCCGACGGUGGUGUGCCAGGAGAAAGGACCCUGCUGCGGCAAGAAGGUGGCAUGCCCCAAGAAGUGCUUCUGGUCCUACAGCCGCGCCGGCAACGGCUACGGCGCGGGCGGCGGCGGGGGGUCGUGCACCGUCGACUGCAAGGACAAGUGCACCGCCUACUGCUGAUCACCAGCACCCGACCGUGUGCUAGCGACUCUUCUAUUUAUGUACGAGGCGAGCUAGCUAUACUCCAUGUUAUAUUUCUAGCAUGCAUGUAUGGGAGACAAUAUAACUAAGUACUAGUGAUUAAAUAAGUGUGCAUUUUGUGUGUGCUUUUGCUUAAAUCUGCGGAAAUCGGUGUAAGCAAGCACUGUAAAUGGUUGUCUAAUGUAUUGGUUGAAGCUUUGCAAGUGCGUGUGACCUUCCCGUGUAUGCCUGUGUCAUCUGUGUACCCCAUGCAGACUGCGAUCAAUAAGAUUGCAACACAAA